AUGUCUGGCUGCUGCUGCUCUAGGAAAUGCCCCUCCCUGCCAGCUGUCUCCCUCUGCUCUACUGAGGUGAGCUGUGGAGGACCCGUCUGCCUACCGAGCUCCUGCCGGAGCCAGACAUGGCAGCUGGUGACUUGUGAGGACAGCUGUGGCUCAUCUGGCUGUGGCUCACAAGGCUGUCAACCUUCGUGUUCCGUGAGCAGUUGCUGCCAGCCGGUGUGCUGCGAGGCCACCACCAUCUGUGAGCCUUCUUGUUCCGUGAGCAGCUGUGCUCAACCUGUGUGCUGCGAGGCCACUGUUUGCGAGCCUUCUUGCUCUGUGGGCAAUUGCUGUCAACCUGUGUGCUGCGAGGCCACCAUCUGCCAGCCUUCCUGCUCUAUGAGUACCUGUGCUCAACCGGUGUGCUGUGAGGCCACCCUGUGCCAGCCUUCUUGUUCCGUGAGCAGCUGCCAGCCUGUGUGUUGUGAGACUACACCCUGCCAGCCAAUCCUCUGCUUGCCCGCAUCCUGCCAGCCAGUGAUCUGUGAGCCCAGCUGCUGCUCAGCUAUCUGCACUGUGCCUGCUUCCUGUCAACCAAUGGUCUGUGAGCCUGUGGUUUGUGAGCCUGCUUGCUGUCAGCCCGUGUGCCCGACACCUAGCUGCUGUCCAUCUGUCUGCUCUGCAGCCAGUAGCUGCCAGCCAGUCUGCUGUGGCUCCAGUGCCUGUGAGCCACCUUGCUCAGAGUCCAGUGUUUGUCCGUCAACUGCCUGUAUGGCUCUGGUGUGUGAACCUGUUUGUCUCCGUCCUGUCUGUUGUGUUCAGAGCCCUUGUGAGCCAUCAUGUGUCUCUAGCAGCUGCCAAGACUCCUCAUGUUGUGUCUCUAGUCUUUGCCAACCUGUCUGCCCUGAGCCCAGUCCUUGCCUACCGUCGGUGUGUGUGCCCAGCCCGUGCCAACCUUCCUGCUACAUAGUCAAACGAUGCCGUUCUGUCUGCUGUGAGCCUGUUUCCUGCCCAUCUACCUCCUGCCAACCACUCUGCUGCCGUCCGGGGUCCUCUGCAUCUGCUGUCUGCCAACCAGCCUGCCCACCUCGCACUUUCUAUAUACCCAGUUCCUGCAAGCAGCCUUGCAGUCCUGUUCCCUGCCGCCCGAUCUGCCGCCCGAUCUGCUCUGGGCCCAUUACCUUCAGGCAGCCAUAUGUGACAUCCAUCACUUACCGCCCUGCCUGCUACCGCUCCUGCUAUUCCAUCCUGCGCCGCCCCACCUGCCUGGCUUCCUACUCUUACCGCCCUGUCUGCUCCCGACAGCCUUGCACCGAUUCUGACAACUCUAAGCCUGAGUGCAAAAAGUCGACUUCCAGCCAACCUGACUGUGCCGACUCAACACCCUGCAAGACAGAGGUCUCAGAUGAGACUCCCUGCCAGCCCUCCGACAUUAAACCCGCCAGCCCGAUCACCCGUGAGGCUGCAGCUCCCCAGCCUGCGGCCGGCAAGCCUGCUGACCGUUGAGCCAGCCUCAGCUCACCAAUUCCUGCCAAGCAACAGCCAAAAACCAUAGAGAAACCAGGAAAGCCCUGUGCACAGCUCAUUAUGACUUAGCUAGAAUCUUUUCCUUCCUACACUGCCAUCCACCAUCUACUAUGCUUCAUAGAACUCAUCAGAAGUGCCAGCCUCCUAGUGGCCCCAGUGAAGGCCUCCUGCACAGAGAAAGGAAUGGCCUUGUUUUCUGAUGUCCUUACAUGGAGGAGAGCUGCUCUGCCACAUCAUUGGGCUCUUUGCUACUCAAGAUGCUUUCUGUCCUCAUGCAUUGUGUUGCUUGGGGGCAUCUUCAGCAAGAUAUAUAAUCGUGCAAUAAAAGUAGCAAAGUUGAAGUGACACACUGUU